AAUUCACGUUCUUGUACGUGGGUUCGUUCCAUUUCCCCCCAGAAUUCGCGCCACUUCCGAUUUCCCGCCACAGUCAAUUCCAGAAUAUUCCGCUACAAAAAACCCUACACCCGCCCAACGCACUUCACUGAACCGAAACAUUUCCCCUCCAAACCUCGUCGCAGGUUUAAUCAAAGAUUAACGUUAAACUCUCGCCUUAUCUUCGCAGCGGAGGAAGAAGAAGAAGGGUUUAAGGAUGUUUUACGCUCGGACGUUACUGGCGCGGAAGGGUCCGUUAGGGACUGUUUGGUGCGCGGCGCAUCUACAGUACAGACUCCGGAAGGCUGAUUAUACCAGAACCAAUAUCCCCUCCACCGUAGAGUUUAUCAUGUAUCCUGAAGUACCUAUUGCACUUCGGAUGUCCGGCCAUCUUUUGCUCGGCGUUGUCCGGAUAUAUUCGAAGCAAGUUGAUUACGUUUUCCAAGAAUGCCAUCACUUGGAGUUACAGAUAAGAAGGACAUUUGUUUUUCCAAACAUCAAUCUUCCUGAAGGUACAACUCAAGAAUCAUAUAAUGCUGUCACUAUGCCAGAAACAUUUCAACUGGAUGCCUUAGAAUCAUUUGAAGAGGAACCAAAUCAAGAGAGCUUUGUGGAUACUCAUCUUAAACACCCCGAAGAGAUAACGCUGGAAGAUCAAAUUCCCACUGGUAGAGAGCAAUGUAUACCAACUCUACUUGAUAUGGACACUGGGAGGGAUUCACCAAGGGAAAAUAUCAAUGUCUCUGGAUUGCAUUCAACACCAGAACAGAUAGAUUCUCGGCCUCCAGUUGGAGAGGAAAAAUCUGCUGGUUCUCGACAAUCUCCUCCCCACCAGAGUACUCAGAGAGGAUCAGAUGAAAGAACUGCUGAGGGGGUCUUCAAUCAAGAGUUUCCAGAAACUGAAGUUAUGCGUGAUGCUUUGCACACUGAUAGUGUACCAACUCCUCCAUUGUGGUCAAACAGGAACGAUGAUUUUCUGGAGCCUGACUUAGUUUUGAUAGAACAAGUGGAAAAGGACAAUCCAAAUCUUUCUCCAAUUGUUGAAGAGGUUUUGCCUUCUGGAAGAUUUUCUGCCUCAUCUCCACGCCAUGUAGCUUCUUCAGUAGAUGGCCGUGAAAACAUUGAUUCACACAUAUCAUUUGAUCAUCCGUCCGUUGAACUAGGAAUCCGGUCAAGCCCACCACCACCUCCUCCUCCUCCUCCAUCACCCAAGCAGCCACAACCAAGGAAGAGAAGAAGGCUGCUCAUUGAUGAGACCUUAGUGCUGCCAAAUAAGUUGAUGAGAGCUGCACUAAAUGACACAAGCCAUUUGAAAAGAAAGAGAAAAGAAGCUCCUCAUUCGUCUUUGGGCACAUGGAGAUCAAACAAGAUACUAAAAAAGGAUGCAAUGUUCUUUGAACCCUUGAUAACCGGGCAGUGUGAAGAUCUUUUGAAUAUGCAUGAACAAGGCUUUGUUUUUGCAAGAGCCCAGGCCUCUUCCACAGAGAAUGCUCGUGAAGAUUCGAACAGUGCCCGGUCUUCUUCUCCUAACCCCAAUGAGGACAUGGAUGUUGAACAGCUUCGCGACAACGAGGGCCCCACUGACAGCAGCUUUUUUGAUAAUGUCUUGCCUAUACCCACUAGGUUGGUUUCCUCUCCAUUAACAGCGGGUCCUUCUUCGAGCAGGCAAGAAGCUUUUACUCCUGCUGCUACCACAGUAGGUUCACAGUCAGAACAGCUUGUGAAAACUGUUGAUUCUGAGGUGGAGCUACCCACACCAGACCAGGCAGCUUCCACUGGAAAUCUUCAUUCUGACAAGGAUACUCCGGCGACAUUAAUGGAUCAUGAUGUGCAUUUCCAAACCAAAUCUCUUUCUGAUAUACCCGAAUAUGACGGUUUUGCCGGGGAUUUGAGAUUUUUGGAAGACGAGGACAACUCUCCUGCUGCCUCUCAGGGAACUCCAGAAGUGGUAGGUUUAUCUGGAAAACAAAGUGGGUUUGAAUCAUUAUCUACCAGAUCAAGGGCUUUGGCUCAAUAUGUUAAAGGUUGGUCAUCCGCUACUGCUCUGUCGAAAGGCCAAUCAUCAUCUACCCCGGUUUCAAAUCAAGGAGACCUGAGGUUGAAUGUAGUUUUGGAAGGCAAAAGCAAGAAGAUAUCUGCCAGAAUGUUUUAUGAGACUCUUGUUUUGAAGAAUUAUGGGCUCAUAGAUGUGAAUCAAGAAGAAUCUUAUGGUAAUAUUACUUUGAAGGCAACUCCUAAACUGUUGAAGGAACAACUAUAAGGCUAAACUAAAUGCAAUUUUCAUGUGAAAUUAGUGUUAGAGUGACCUCCUGUACAGACAAUGCAAGCUGGUUAGGCAUGUGGGCUACCAGUAGCAGUAUCUGUUUAAUUAGAAAUCUAGAGUCAAUAAUCAAUACGGAGUACUAUAAUAGCUUCUUCAUGCAGCAGCUUGGUUGAGGAAAGGUGGUUUAGUUAUAAAAAAAAAGGUACCAAUAGUGUGAAUGCUUAGAUAGAAUGUGUAUUAUUAUCAUCUUUAUUACUUGGGCUAUAUGUAAAAUUUAUGUGCUAUUGGGGCUUCCUUGUAAAA